CUGAAUUUGACAUUGCAUUAUUCACCAAACCUAUUCGGGUCAGUGAAUUGUGAUGUCAGUUCAAAGAAAUUCCACAUCGUUACAGAGCGGUAAAGCUUUCGCUAAGUUUCUGCCGACCUUUCCCGUUUGAAAAUAUUACUUCUGUUUCUAAUAUUUUGUUUUAACGAGUCGCUAAUUGGAGGAAAGGAUGUGCGAUUCAACACCUGUUUUGCCACCAUAAAAAGAUGGGGAAUGCCUCUUUUUGGUAGCUUAGGAGCUGAAAAUGCACAGGAAGAAAGCGGGGAAGUUUUUGUUUAUUCCUGAUAAUUUGGUGGUUGUACUAUUCUUAAUUGCCCUUUUAAACAUAGCUUCAACGGAGUUACACAAACCAUUACCGGUCAAAGGAAAAGCAUCAGACUUGGACGCUAUUAUAGAGUCUCUCCUUCCUGAGGAAAAAAGUAUAGUUAAGAGGCAAGGCAAGGAUGAAGGUGAGAGCGACAGUGAAGAAAUAAACGAACUGAGCCGCCUUCAGGACCCGGGAAGUCAGGACCCGCAGGUAGGUGGUGCCAUAAAUGAAGGCGAUGCAGGCAAGAUCAAGCCUACCAUAGACAACUCCAUGGUUCCGAGUGAUCAAAACCAGUCUGCCUCGGAUACGUUGGCUAAUAUAAGUGAAUUUCUCAAAAGCAAGGAAGGUGAAACCGCAGAUCCAGUGGAUGGCGACUUCACUCUAUGGACCACGUGGUCGUCAUGUCCUCACGCUUGUGGAAGAACUGCACUGAGGUCACGUGAGCGAUAUUGCACCAAUCCAGCGCCUGCAAAUGGCGGGAGAAACUGCGAAGGACCGCGUUUUCAACUUAAGCUUUGUAAACUCAAGCAGUGUGCAGUUGACGGUGGUUAUUCGGAAUGGUCGGAUUGGACCUCUUGCUCACAGAAAUGCGGUCAGGGAAUGAAGAGACGACGGCGGUAUUGUAACAACCCGAAACCGGCCAAUGGGGGACAAAAAUGUAAAGGGGCAAAAAAACAAGUUAAGCCUUGCUAUGGUAAAAAAUGCCAAGAUCAAGAUUCCAUCGUGGAUAUAGACCCCCAGACAGUGUGUGGUUACAAUCCGUGUAGGGUGGCGAAAUGUAUAUUGUUACCUUAUGCAACAUGCGUCAGUGACUUCAAAUGUCGGCCGGUGUUCUUUGACUCUGAGGAGAGGAAAGUUUCGCAAUGUACCGGGGAUAACUUGUACUUAAACGUAGACCCCCAGGCCGUGUGUCGUUUCAAUCCGUGCAAAUACACAACGUGUCUUCAAGGUGCGGCUGCUAAGUGCGUUGUGAACACAAGAUGCCAUCCAGUUUUCCUUGACGCCUUUGGAAAGACCAUCAAAUGCAAAGGGGUUUUCAAGGUUCCAGCCAGGUACAUUUGUGGAUAUGACCCCUGUAGGGGAGCUGUUUGUAAGGUGGAUCCCACGGCACGCUGUUUGGUGGAGCACACGUGUAAAGCAAUGUUCGUCAACUCGUACAAUCAACGGAAAGAGGGUUGCAAAGCUCGACACCAUAUUGCGAAGGAAGAAGACGAAGAAGAGGAGCAGGUGAACGAUGACGAAAACAAUGACGAUGAUGAUGGGUCCCGGAUCAGCAAGCUGAUGAGUUCGAAACUUGGUAUCGGCGUCAGAAAAGAUAAUAAUGAUGAUGACGAGGAUGAUGAAGAUGGGAUAAGCUUGACUAAAUUGAUAGGUUCAAAGAUGAGGGUCAGAAAAAAAGAAAAUGACGAUGACGAUGGAAUCCGUAUCAGUAAACUGAUAAACUCUAAGCUUAGCGUCGGCGAUAAAGAUGAUAACGAUGAUGAUAAAGUUGAAGCUAGUGAACAAGAAACAGCAGAGGAAAGUGAGACUGAUGUCAGAAGUAAACUUCCGUCGAGAUUUAAGCGUCCAACGCGAAAGGAUUUUGAGAAGCACAAGAAAAACAGGUUUAAGCAUAGACAAUCAAAUCGUAGUAAAUCUCACCAUAAACGCUGGCUAGGCAAUGCAUGAUAAUUAGAUCAGAUUUGUACUUAGUUUUAAUAAUUUGAGUGGCGAUUUGUAAAUUGCGAUUUUGGUUUGCACGACGUAUACAAAGUGCCAGUGUCGGUGAUGUUACGAUGCGCAGUCUUUUUAACCCUUCAGUUGAAAUUCACCAGUUAUUGACCCACAACCGAUCCUCUUUUUGAGUCAACUGGACGAUGUCGACAAAUUAUCAACAUGGAAGGAAUCGCUCAUAACAUGAUCUGGGAACUAACCCACAAAAAAAUUACUGCGAAUGAGGGGCUAGUUGGGAAAAAGAUUCAACAGAUAUAAGAAUUAAACGGGAAAAAAAAAAGGAGCCGUUUUCAUUUGAUGAUUUAAGUGUAUUAUUUUAGUCUUUUAUAUUAUCAAUAUUGUCAACCAUGAAAAGUCUUUCCUCGUCUCUCUUAAAACAUUUUCACCAGCGAAGCUCUGGUUAAAAACUGCACAAGAUUGUCAAGUUUUACAGGCAGUCAAGGUGUUUUAGACUGAUGAUUAUGCUGAAAGCAAAAUCAAUCUCUCCAUUUUAGUGUUUACUUCGUAUUCUUCGCAAAUUGAAUUGAUGAAUGACUUGCAGUUUGCAGAUCAAAACAAAGUGUUAGUAGACUUAGAAGACCUCUACAUUGUAUCUUAGUAAAUCUUAUUGAAAAGAAAUAUUUGUUAAUAAAGAGUUAAG